GGUAGGGGAAUCGCCGGUACGGCUGGUUGCGGUUGGACUAGUUUAUGGACUAGAAAACAGCACUUUUAAAUAUAUGAUUUAGGAUGUCUAUCUUCAUUAUUGUGUGAUUGGUGCCCAAGCCGGUUCCGCUGAUAAUCUAAGCUCGUCAGGUGAAGAUGCCAUGACAAACUUAACGUCUCCUCCGACCACACCUACCAACAACCAAUCCACUUCCCCAUCGGUCAUUAUCAAUAUGACGAGUCUUGAUCCCAUUGGAUCCACGGCAGGGGUUGGCCCAGUAAGCGAGUCAAACCAAGAUGAUCUGAAGACCCGGUUGGUUGGGGAAGAUGGAUCCCAAGGUGAAGGAAGAGUGGAGGGUUACUCCCAAGGUGUUUGGGGUGCAUGGGAUUUUUGGAGCUGGGAUACAGAUGACGCGCAUGAUGAUCAAAUACCAAGAAUCCGUUUCACAAGUAUCCCUCUUGGUGCAUGGGAUCCCGAGGAUAAAAUGGUUGAAAUCUACAUAGAUGGGGAUUGGAAGCCUCUUUGCCACACACACACAUCAAUGUACACCUCCAGUUUAGAUGUAAUCUGCAGAACCGUUGGAUUGAUGCUUUAUCGAGUACUGCAAUCCAUUCCCAAUAACAACGUGAAGAAGGAGGGUGUGGCUCUUGAUUGCCCUCCCGCUGCCAUGAACUUGUCACAGUGCGAUUCUUCUUUGGAGGUUUGUGAACAUGUCACGGGUGCUUCAUGCAUUUCAGGUGAGGUCACUCUCACAUAAGUAAAUUCCUCAAAAAAAUACCAUGGCGUUUAUUAAAGGUGAAUUAAAAAAAAUUGUUUUAAAGAGAGCUCAAAUUUGAGCCUUUUCGUCUCGCCCAAACGAAGUUCAGCAGAGACCUGGGGAGCGUUUCAUGAAAGGACUUGUCGGACGUUUUAUCCGACAAGUCCCAUUUUAUCCGACAGUUACCAUAGUAACAGUACCUCUCAGCCAAUCAACAUCAGAGAAAGAUGUCAGAUCUGACAACUUGUCGGAUGAAAAUGUUGAUGAAACACUCCCCUGGUAAUCAAUUUUCCUGU